UUUAAAAAAGUUCAAACUCAAUUAUGAUUUUUUUAUUCGUAUUAACAUAUUCUUCGUAGUAUUGCUUACACAGAAAAGUGAAGAAGUGUUUCAAAAUUUGUUUACUCAGAUUUCUUAAUAAGUUUGGGCGAUGGAUUCAAUAACUCCGUUUUUGGCUUCUCGAAUAGCAUCUCGUCGAUCUGUUUAGGUUAGUGGUGUUUCCAGUACUUGGAUUGGAUUGCUCGAAGUGUUUCGAAUGGCUGAUUCGGGUUCUGUAGAUGUUAUAUUGGAGUUUCUGAAAAGGAACAAAUUUACCAAGGCAGAGGCUGCAUUGCGGAGUGAAUUGGGUAACAGACCUGACUUGAAUGGGAUUCUUCAAAAGCUUAUUCUUGACGAUAAGGAGUCAGGUAGAUCAGGCAAAGAAUUAAAUGGGGGUGUUUCUGGAGAAGAAGAUAAAAACACGAAAAGUACUGGACAUGGUGGGGAAACUCUUAAGGGUUCAUUUACAUCGAGUAUUGUUGAGGCAUCUAAGGAGCUAAUCGUGAAAGAGGUUGAUAGCGGAACUGGAAGAAAUGGGUCCGACAACAAGUGGAAAAAUGCUGGCACUAUUGGCAAGCAGGGAAAGCUUGGUGAGAAUAUUGUACCAAGUGACAAAAACUUCGCCUUCUCGAAUGGUUUGGAUGAUACUGUGCUUGAUCUGUAUUCGUGGAAAUACGGUACAAGCAAUGGUCCAGUUACUCCUUACCAGAACGAUGGUGGCAGUGCUGAUGAAAACAAUUUUCUGGGAUUCCAGGUUCCUGGAAAAGCAAAGACAAAUUCAACUGAGACUCUUGAGAGUGGUCAAGUUCACCGCAAAUCUGGGGAUGAUGCCAGUGUUUCUGGUGAAAAGAGAAUCACUUGGCCUGUUAGUGUUAGUAGUGUUAGCACAGAUUUGACUUAUGAGAAGAAGAGUGAUCGUAAGGAAGUUGUUGAUCAACAAAAAAUGCCAAGCAUCACAUGCUCGAAGGAUGAUCUCGUUGAUAAUCUCUGGUCCAGAAGUGAUGUAUCCGAUCAUCCUUCGUCAGAGCUCCGAAAAGAGUGUUCUGUGAAAACUGUUUUCCAGUCUUCCAGGGGAGAUACUUCAACCAGUUAUGAUAGUGCUAUUGCCGUUGUUGAUAAACAGGAGGGUAAAAGGAAAGCAGAAGUCAAUAACAUUAGAGCAGCAAUAAAGGAGCAAGUAGAUGAGGUGGGUAGAGCUCUUUUCUUUGGGAAGAAUCAGGGAGCUGAGCCCAAAGAAUUUGGUGCAUUAGAAUUUCAUCUUGCACCUGAGAACCAAAGGGAAGAGUUACCAAGGCUACCACCUGUGAGACUGAAGUCAGAAGACAAGCCUUUCAAUAUUCACUGGGAGGAGAAAUAUGAACGUGAUGCACCAAAGAUCUUGGAUACUGAUAAUGCUUAUCUUAUUGGGUCAUUUCUGGAUGUACCUAUUGGCCAAGAAAUCAAUACUACAGGAAAGAGGCUGGGCGGAGGCAGUUGGCUAUCCGUGAGUCAGGGUAUCACCGAGGAUACUUCUGACCUGGUUUCUGGUUUUGCAACUAUAGGUGAUGGAAUGAGUGAAUCCAUAGACUACCCUAAUGAAUAUUGGGACUCUGAUGAAUAUGAAGAUGACGAUGAUGUUGGCUAUAUGAGACAACCUAUUGAAGAUGAGACCUGGUUUCUGGCUCAUGAAAUCGAUUACCCAAGUGAUAAUGAGAAGGGGACAGGACAUGGGAGUGUUCCAGACCCUCAAGAAAGGAGUCAGAACAAAAAUGAUGAAGAUGAUCAGUCAUUCGCUGAGGAGGAUUCUUACUUCUCUGGGGAAAGGUAUUUCCAGUCGAAAACUGUUAAUGCUAUUGUACCUGCAGAUGACCCUGUUGGGCUGUCAGCUACUGAGAUGUACAAGAGAGACACAGAGAAUGAUUUGAUUACGCAAUAUGAUGGGCAGUUGAUGGAUGAGGAGGAGCUCAAUUUGAUGCGUUCAGAACCUGUUUGGCAAGGGUUCGUCACUCAGACAAAUGAACUCAUGAUGUUAGGGGAUGGAAAGGUUAUGAAUGAACUGGGAAGGCUGCAACCAGACAUCUGCAUGGAUGAUAAUCAACAUGGUUCAGUUAGAUCUAUUGGUGUAGGGAUCAACAGUGAUGCUGCUGAUAUAGGCAGCGAAGUGCGAGAAAGUUUGGUUGGAGGCAGCAGUGAAGGUGAUGUAGAAUACUUUCAGGAUAAUGAUAUUGGUGUUCAAGUGUCUAGACACUCGCAGCAUGACUCAGAUAAGAAUGCUGGUGAACGAUCUAAGAAAGACAAUAAUAGAUCAAAGACUCAUAAUACUGAGAAAUAUAUGAUGAAUAAUGAUAAGAGUCCAUAUGCAAUAGCAAAGAAUCAAAUAGAAGGAGGUUUCUCGUUUCCUCCUCCUAGAGAUGGACAGUUGGUGAAAAAAAGCUCAGGUAAAGCUUUGUGGUCAAACCAGAGUAAUACCAUCUUGGGGGAUGAAGCUUAUAAUCAUGGCAUGGCGAAUGACGACAUGCUUGCAUCAUGGAGGCCGAAAAGCAAUGACUCCUCACCAACUAAGAGUUCAAUGGAUGAACGUCCUAAUGCUGGAGAAUCAGCAAAUUCAAGUCCCUCAUCUCUUUCAAAUUAUGGCUACAUUGAUAGGGAACUUGUAAAGAAAGAACAAGAUGUGAAAACAACAGGCGUAACAGAAGAGGAUCCAGUGGCGUCCCUGGAGGAUGAGGAAGCUGCUGCUGUUCAAGAGCAAGUGAAGCAAAUCAAAGCUCAAGAGGAUGAUUUUGAGACCUUCGAUUUGAAAAUCGUCCACAGGAAAAACAGGACUGGCUUCGAGGAGGACAAAAAUUUUCAUGUUGUUUUGAACUCAGUCAUUGCUGGUCGUUAUCAUGUCACUGAGUAUCUUGGAUCAGCUGCAUUCAGCAAAGCUAUUCAGGCACAUGAUCUGCACACUGGCAUGGAUGUAUGUGUGAAAAUUAUAAAGAACAACAAAGAUUUUUUCGAUCAGAGCCUUGAUGAAAUAAAGCUGCUCAAGUAUGUAAAUAAACAUGAUCCUGGUGACAAGUAUCAUCUUCUUCGGUUGUAUGAUUACUUCUACUAUCGAGAGCAUCUACUGAUUGUUUGUGAAUUGCUCAAAGCAAACUUGUAUGAGUUCCAUAAGUUUAACCGGGAAUCUGGAGGAGAAGUAUACUUUACAAUGCCAAGACUACAGUCAAUCACGAUUCAAUGUUUGGAAGCUCUUCAAUUCUUACACAGUCUUGGCCUCAUACAUUGUGACCUGAAGCCUGAGAAUAUUUUGGUCAAAAGUUACAGUAGAUGUGAGGUUAAGGUUAUCGAUUUAGGAAGUAGUUGCUUUCAGACCGACCAUCUUUGUUCUUAUGUUCAGUCUAGGUCAUACCGGGCCCCCGAGGUUAUUUUGGGACUUCCAUAUGGAAAAAAGAUCGAUAUUUGGUCCCUUGGUUGCAUCUUGGCAGAACUCUGCACAGGCAAUGUACUCUUUCAAAAUGAUUCGCCUGCCACCUUACUUGCUCGAGUUAUUGGAAUCAUAGGCUCUAUUGAGCAAGGGAUGCUUGCCAAAGGACGCGAUACUUACAAAUAUUUCACUAAAAAUCACAUGCUUUACGAAAGGAACCAGGAUAGUAACAGACUGGAAUACUUGAUACCCAAGAAGUCAUCCUUGAGACAUAGGUUGCCAAUGGGGGAUCAAGGCUUCAUCGACUUCGUUGCUCAUCUGCUCGAAGUGAACCCGGACAAGAGACCUUCUGCAUCAGAGGCUCUGAAACACCCUUGGUUACAGUACCCUUACGAACCCAUCUCAUCAUGAGAAUCCGAAUGGCAACCUGCUAUGAAGGUUAGUCUUUGAUGGGACGCAUCUCCAAAACUCCCCACAAAUGCCGGCCUCUGCUCGUUGAUCUGCAAAUCAGUCUUCGAUGCAGUUGUAAUGUUGGAGCGCCUGCACAAAAUUGGAAGUGUGAUUGGUUUUAACGGAUGAUAGAAUCUUCCUUUACCUCUGCCAAAAUUGUAUCUGAUUAUUACAGAACAGAAUUGUUAUCUUGCACACGAAGUGUAUCGAUAGGAUUCUCUGCCUUUUUUUUUGUUUUUUUUUUUUGUUGAGCCUUUGCAUUUUGUGUUGGUGGGCAGGAAAGGAAGUCAUCACUCUUGUUGUAAAUGAUGUGUGAUAAUUCUUUUAGGUAAUUUAGUUAUAAUAGCUUGUGAAAAAUAGUUGCUUAUCCAAUUUUGAUUGUACUCACUGUGAUCAAUUAUCGAUAUUAACCCAAUCUUCACACA